AUGUUGGAAAAAAUUAUACUAUACUGCUUGAAAUAUUUAGCACUUUCUUUCCACACAGAUAAACAGAACAACUUCCCACCUCUUCCUCGUUUCAUACCUCUGAAGCCAUGUUUCUACCAGGAUUUUGAAACCGAUAUUCCCGACCAACAUCGGACCAUGGCUAAGCGUCUUUACUAUUUAUGGAUGUUGAACAGCAUCACGCUGGCGGUGAAUCUGAUUGGCUGCCUGGCGUGGCUGAUUGGAGGAGGCGGAGCCACUAAUUUCGGCCUGGCAUUUCUAUGGCUCAUCCUUUUCACUCCCUGUUCCUAUGUGUGCUGGUUCAGACCUAUUUACAAAGCGUUCAAGACGGACAGCUCCUUUAACUUUAUGGCUUUCUUCUUUACCUUUAUGGCCCAGUUGGUUAUUAGCAUAAUACAAGCCGUUGGUAUUCCUGGCUGGGGAGUCUGCGGCUGGAUUGCAGCAAUUUCGUUCUUGGAACAAAUGUGGGGUCUGCGGUGGUGAUGCUGAUUCCUACCAUUAUGUUCACAGCUAUGGCCAUCUUGUCCUUUAUAGCACUGACAAAGGUACACAAAUUUUACCGUGGAGCAGGAGGCAGCCUGAGUAAGGCACAAGAGGAAUGGACCACAGGUGCUUGGAAAAACCCUCAUGUCCAGCAGGCAGCUCAGAAUGCAGCUCUUGGGGCAGCACAAGGUGCCAUGACACAGAACGAACCUCAGUACUCAGCCACACCAAAUUAUGGCUACUCCAAUCAAAUGUAA